AUGGCUGGUCAGACAGAUGUCGUCGACCCUGCGUCCCUCACUGUAGCCGGCUACAGUCGCAGCUACCCGACACCACCUCCAUUGUCAGACGAUAACAAGGAGGACAGCCAACCUCCCCCAGACCAACCCCAAAAGAAGAAGAGGAAAGCUUGGGGUCAACCGGUCCCCGAAAUCAAACAAAUACUUCCACCACGAAAACGAGCCAAGACUGCGGAGGAGAAGGAACAGAGAAAGAACGAGAGGAUCCUCAGGAAUCGCAGAGCAGCCGACAAGUCUCGACAACGACAAAAGGCCGCGGUGGCAGAGCUUGAGGCCAGGCAAAUUCGGAUUGAGAAAGAAAAUGCCUCCCUCCGAGAACUCCUAGCUCGCUACCAGUCGAGAUUUGGUGUCCAGGCAGACUUCCCUCCGCCAGUCCCCGCCGAACCUCCCAAGAUGGAUUUCGACGACGCAGAGGAUGCAACACCGGGUCAUGACCUGCGUGCAUCUUCCGCUCAACCACCCUUCACUCCAUCGUCAUUCAACGACUGCUCGGAUGCCGAGUCUAGUCAUCCAACCCUGGUUCAGUCCGAAGAUUCGACCCCCAUGAAACACGAAUCCCCGGUCCUCGCUCCUCAACUCAACCUCAUCCACGAACACCCCCAAGGUGAACAGACCACUUCUGACUCGAUGGCAACGCUUUCAAGCUUCCCCAUUGUCUCCGGUAUGACACAAUAUCCUGCUGUGAUAUUGUGUGACCUGCUGUGUCAGCCGGAGACCUGGGCUAUCAGCCUGCCAGCAUUCCCCUCGAGUCCCAAACACAACCUUGGGAUCAGCUACCUGCUUCAGGUCUUCCAGACCUUGACGAUAUUUCACUCCUUCUCGACGACAACGCUCUUGCCAAUGUGCAAUCUUUUCCAGAUUUUGGCGCAGCGAUUGUCAAUGACCUCGACGGAACAGGAUUUCUCCUCCAUCCUGACCAACUUCCCACUAAUUCAUUCUUUGAUUUCGAUGCCUUCGACACCGACCAGGCCAGCGGUCUUCCGCAUGAAGCUUCUGAGCCGACUACUCGCUUGCAGCCCACACAUGGCGCGCCUCUUACUGGCAGCGACAGACCGGGCUUUGCAGCAAGUGGUUAGCGACGAAGGUUUUGCCGAAGAUCCUGACCGUCGGUGGACAUGGUCGAGUCUGAUGACGAUCAAGUGGGUCAUUUUGAGGUUGGAGAGAGAGCAUCGGAAAAUCCGUCGUCGAGUUUGGAUGGACAAGAAAGGUGCUGCUGUGGCAGAGAAUGGAGUUCCGGAGUUCAAGGUCAUGGCCGGCGUUGAUUAUGGGGCCGUUGCCAGAAAUUCACAGCUUUGGCAAGGAGCAAGUUCCAAUUGUACGAUUACCAGAGACGAUGGCGGGGGCUGGGUGCCAGCACAGGAGGUCCAUUGA